CUCUACAAACACUCGCAGUCACCAUUGUUACAACUGAUUAGGUUCGCCAUGGCAUUUCUGUUACACCAUCUUCGUACCCUCGUUCAAAAUUUGGAAAAUACCGUAGCAAAUUUAAUUAUAAGACGACGUCCACCAGCGGCCUUAUGCUUUGAUUUAGGGGUUUGCUCAUCACAACCACUUAGUUCCUCUUUAAAAGACAUUCUCAACGAAGGAUUUUUAUGGGCAGUGCCACGAAAUCGGCGUACCAUUGAAAAACGAUUAAAACGACAAUAUGGAGAUCCUUACUAUAUAAGUAAACUUCUUGUCCCGAAAAAAACAUUGCGUGCAUGUAACGUUUGCGGAGAUGACCAUGAAAUUGGAAUUUUGUGUCCAACAUGCUAUAAGAAAGUUAUUGAAGAAACUCGAGCAAUGCAAGAUGCAAUACAGAAUGAGUUGGGUUUAAAAGUCGUUGAAAAUGAGGUUGUUGUGCUUUAUAAUGGUGAAAAGAACAGCACUCCUUCAGAAUAUUUUGAAGGAAAAAGGAUUGUUGAGAUCGACAAACCAAGGCCGGCAUGGUUUAGUAAGAAUUUGUUACAAAGUACAACACAACAACCAGCAACUUCUACAAACAUUAAACCUUCUGAUCUUGGAUAGUUUAGAAACAAUUUAUAAAUAAUUAUUAGAAAGAAUAAAUUUAUUGAGAAUUGA